AUGUCGACGACGACAAUCACGACGACGGCCACGGAGCCCGUGCUGCCCCAGAUCCAGGCCGAGAUCACCUACCUGGACCGUGCCGUGACAAAGCCGUACCAGUACCUCUGCCCCUCGCCAGCGGGAGACCGCAAGGACAACUUUGUGCGCACGCCCACGCCGGUGCGCAUCACCGACCUCUCGCGCACGUCGGCACAGCAGCGAAGCGACCUCGGCAUCUCGACGCGCCAGGCUGGCUUCGAGAUUGUGCCCGGCUUUGGACGUGAGGCCACGGCGAGCGCGUGGCAGGCAGAGAAGUGGAACGACGACGCGUGGCUCCGCGACGUGUACUAUGCCGACACCGACGCACUGGUCAAGCAGCACCUCCUCGGGCGCGACGCCCGCGGCAGAAAGGUGACAAACACGUUUGUGUUUGACCACACGGUGCGCAAGAGCCAGACGGCGCACCUGCCCGACACGCCCGAGAACCGCAAGCCCGUGUCGAUGGCGCACUGCGACCAGAGCCGCUGGUCGGGCGAGAACCGGAUCCGACGGCACCUGGGCGACGAGGUGCUGGCGCGCGUCAAGCGGGGCGAGGUGCAGUGCCAGCUCGUCAAUGUCUGGCGGCCGCUGCGGGGGCCCGUCGAGGAGCACCCACUCGCCAUGGCCGACUCGCGCAGCGUGACGCCGAGCGACUGGGAGCCGUCGGAGCUGCGGUACGAGACGUGGACCGGGCAGACGCUCCUCAUCCACCCGCCCGCCGAGGGCGAGCCGCAGCACAAGUGGUACUACUACAAGGGCCUGGACACCAACCAGGCCAUCCUCCUCAAGUGCUACGACUCUGAGACGGAGACGCGGACGCCCCACACGGCCUUUAUCGACCCCACCACGGCGCGCGACGCCGCACCGCGCUGGAGCAUCGAGCUCCGCGUUCUCGUCCUCAUCGAGUAG